GAAUACCACAGCUGUCCUCAAGCCAUCUUGUAAGGCCUUCAGUCCAUUCAUGUUUAAAGGUUCUUUUAGGGAGUAAGCCAGUGCUUCCCAUGAUAAAUCAUUAAUAAACAAUCCCUUAGUAAUGUGUUUGUUUCUUAUAGAUAUGACAUGGUAGGAAGACUCUGUGAGCAUAAACAAGGUGGUCAGUGUGGAGAAAUUUUCCACCAGUCAGCACAUUGUAUUCUGAACAAAAACAUUCCUGCAGAUGGAUCACCAUGUAAAAAUGCUGUGUAUGGAGAAGCCCUCAUUGGUCAUUCAUCUGUAAAUGUGCCCCUCAGAGCUCACCUUCAGCACAUACCACAUGAGUAUCAGAUAUAUGGGAAGAAGCUGUAUAAACUUAAGGAACCUGGAAAAGCCUGUAGUUAUCCGCAGGCCCAUCAGAAGCAUGAAAAGGUUCACACUGGAAAGAAAUCCUAUGCCUGUAAGCAAUGUGGGAAGGCCUUUAGUUCUUACAGAUACUUUCAAAUACAUAAAAAGAACCACCGUGGAGAUAAGCCCUCUGUGUGUAAACAAUGUGGAAAAGUCUUUAGUUCUUCCACUUAUGUUCAAAUACAUGAAAGAACUCACAGUGGAGAGAAACCUUGUGUAUGUAGGCAAUGUGGGAAAGCCUACUGUGAUCCCAGUUCCCUCAGAAAACAUGAAAGGAGUCAUACUGGAAAGAAGCCCUAUGUAUGUAAGCAGUGUGGGAAAGCCUUUAGUUCCUCCACUUAUGUUCAAAUACAUGAAAGAACUCACAGUGGAGAGAAAUCCUGUGUAUGUAAUCAAUGUGGGAAAGCAUUCUAUUAUCCCAAUUCCCUCAGAAAACAUGAAAGGAUUCACACUGCAGAGAAACCCUUUAAGUGUAAUCACUGUGGGAAGACCUUUAUUCAUUCUAGUUCUUUUAGAAGACAUGAAAAGAUUCACACUGGAGAGAAACCCUAUAUAUGUAAACAAUGUGGGAAAGCCUUCACUUUUUUAACUGCUGUUAGAAGACAUGAAAAGACGCACACUGGAUGGAAACCCUAUGUCUGUAAGGAAUGUGGGAAAGCCUACAGUUCUUCCAGUUACCUUCAAAUACAUGAAAAAGCUCACAGUGGAAGGAACCCCUGCAUAUGUGUACAAUGUGGCAAAGCCUAUUCUACUCCCAGUUACCUCAGGGUCCAUAAAAUGAUUCACACUGGAGUGAAACCCUAUGAGUGUCAGCAAUGUGGGAAAGCCUUUAGUUAUUCCACCUACCUUAAAAUGCAUGAAAAAACACAUACUGUGGAGAAACGCUAUGAAUGUAAGCAAUGUGGAAAAGCCUUUAGUUGUUCCAAGUACCUUCAAGUACAUGAAAGAAGUCACAUUGGAGAGAAACCCUAUGUAUGUAAGCAAUGUGGGAAAGCCUUCAGUUCUUCCAGUUACAUUCAAAUACAUGAAAGAACUCACACUGGAGAGAAACCCUAUGAAUGUAAGCAGUGUGGGAAAGCUUUUACUUCUAAUUACCUUCACAUACAUGAAAGGAUUCACAGUGGAGAGAAACCGUACGCAUGUAAUCAAUGUGGGAAAGUUUUCAUUCAUCCCAGUUCCCUCAGAAGACAUUAUAAGAUUCAUAGUAGAGAGAAACUGUAAAUAUAGCAUGUAGGGAGGCUUCAUUAACAUUGCCUUUCCUAGGAAACUGUAGAAUGCAUUGUGGGGAGAACUUUUGUAAAGUAUGUGGUAACAUCUCUAGUCUACUGGGUUUAAUUCACAGAUAUGAAAGAACACAAUAUGUAAAGAAUCCUUUAAUAGAAGAAUUGUGCAGAAUUUUCAGUUGACACACAUGUGCAAAUUGACAUUCACCAAAACCUGGGGAGUGCCUGGUAGAGUGGCUCAAGUGUGGGGCCCUGAGUUCAAACCCUAGAACUGUCCCCCCAAACAAAAUCAUUAAAAAGAGGUGGGGGGGAACCCUGUGAAAGUGAGAAUUAAAAGAAAAUUAUCAAUUGUAAUAGGUUCAAAGUCAUGUGUAAUUUGCUUAUGUAGUGGAAUGCUAUAAAUGCAAAUCAUGAAGAGCUUUAUGUAAUUUAUAUAGAAUA